GAACAUUGUGAAAGUCUUCAACAUACUUUGUUCACAACAUGGUCUCCAUUCGAAUCGCUCACAUGGAAUACGUAGCUCUGUUCUUGAUAGCUCUCCUUCGGUUUGAGCCAUCAAGUAAGUUAUUUUAACGAAUUUUUAUGUAAGAAUUCGUGGAACGGAACAUAAAAUUGAAAUGCGUUUGACUAACGUUUGAGUUCGUAAAUGGGAUGAUGGUGACAAGAGUAAGAUGCAGUUGGGCAUUUAUUGUAUUUUAGAUGCAGUCUUUCAACUUCAUUAUUUUGGUCAAUGAUGGCCUCUGGUAAAUAUUUUUAAUUCGCAAAUGUAGAAAAAAUAAUGAAAACAAAUUAAAUCUUGAUGUCAACUCCCGUUUCACAGUCUCACAGUUUCAAAGUCUCACGGUUUCUCGGUCUCACUUUGUACUCCGGUAGCCGAAGUACUUUUCAUGUGAAACUGUAUUAUUUUUGACUCCGUGAUUCCUAAUUCUAAUCCUGCACUGUGUACAGAUUGAGUUUUCUUGUUGCACAGUUAACAUUAUGUUUAAGUUGGAAGUGGUAGUGGUAAAUAUCGCUUUAAACAGCCACUUGCGGUUACGUGGUUGGGAAGCUUGAAAAAAAAAAUGAAUUUAAAGCAAUCAUAUUGCGCCCAAAAUGUGUCCGCAAAGCUGGUAUCUUGUGAUGAGAAAGAAAAUAGCACUUCAUAAGUAGACCUACAUACUGUGUGAUUUUUUUUUAGAUAAAAUAUUGAAAAAAAAACAAAACAAAUGCAUUGUUCGUCUAUGUGAUAUUGAUUUUCUGAUUUUGCUUUAUGUGUUAUUGUUUGCCUGUCCACUUGAACCGAGAAGCGGGCGACAGUGAAGUACAUACGGAGCCCUGACGUACAGUGGGAACUUUGUCUCCACUUCCGGCCAGCUGGGCUUGUCUCAGCGGUGGUUUGCAAAGCGGAUUUUUCAUUCUCUUAGACGAGUCCGUCCAAGGUUGACGUCGAUCCAAGCUUGACGAGUCCUCUCUACCUGUAUUGUGGGUUGUGAACUGCGGGGCUCCAGACCACUAGUGUUAAUAUCAGCUUAUGAUGUCGAUACACUUGACCACUUGAAACGAUGAAGGGAAUUGAUUGGGCAUCCUCCCGUCUUCAUGACGAUGGAGUAGCUAAUGGACACUUUCUGGAAUGGCAGUCUGGGCUUCACUUCUCACAUGAGAACCUUGACGUCUGGUUUACUUUGCCCUUCCGAAGGUCUCAUUUCGCGCAUCUUCUACCCGCUUAACUCAUUCAUUCACUGAUGUUCACCAACUGGAGCGGUGAUGAGCGAUGAUCUCCAACUCACUUAUUUCGAUGUUGGCUUCCCCCGUGUUUCUUAUAGGUAUGCACCUAAAGCGCAGAAUGUCAAGGUCAUGAAGUCAGCUGUAGUGGGUGUGUUUGGAAUUGUGGGGUUUGUGAGCGAAUGUUAACUAUUUGCAAGUCACGGACGAAUGAUCAUUUCAGUCACGAGUGAAUGACAUUGUGGGGAUAUAAAAGGAGGAGCAACUUUUGUCGCAGUCCUACGUACGUGCACGCAGUAUUAUGUCACUGAGAUCCAGUGAACUUUGAUCUUUGAGUUGGAGAGUGCGAUAGGACUCGCGACAGCGAGACGUGUUUUGAGAUAGUGGAUUCGCUGGGAUAUGUGUAGCGGAUGAGAAGAUUGUCCUACGCAUGAUGGAUGCAUGAAACCACUGUAAGAUGAACCUGAUUUAAUGUGGUAAUACGAAGUAAAUUAAUGUCUGAUGUACCAAAAGCUUCGUGUCGAUUGAUUAAAUGGUCCGUUGUUGAGAAUCAUCUACACCCUAGACAAUGUCCAAAUAUUCAACAACAAGAAUAUUGGACAGAGACUAGACCGUCUAACAAGUCUUGCACCCUCUUCCAAUUCUCCGUGCAGCGGAUCCUUCGGAAUACGGCCUUCCUUCAUUCUCUUUACAUGGCCAAAACAGGUCCUCCGGAAUACGGCCUUCCUUCAUUGUCCUUACAUGGCCUAACCAGAUCCUUUGGAAUAUGGCCUUCCUCCACUCCCCUUAGAUGGCCUAACCAGGUCCCUUGUAAUACGACCUUCCUCCACUCUCCUUAUAUGGCCUAACCAGCGAAGACGCCUCUUACCUCGAGCGGAGAGCCUGCUGUAUGUUUUGUCAAUAGUAAGAUAAAAUUGUAAGGGCAUUCACCAAGUAGCUUAUGUGUUUUUGAUUGCGUAAACAUUGUUAUUAUUCAUUUUAUUUUCCUUUUAAUAAGUAAUCCUGAUUAAUUCUUGUGAGCAUCUGUGAUUUAUAAAGAUCAUUUAUGCUUUUUUUACAAUUCUUAUAUACGAAAUAGAUUCUAAUGGAGUUUUCUACUUUAAAUAUGUAUUUUUUUGCUAAUUUAAGAUUAUAAUAUAGAGGCAUAAACCUGUACAUUUUAAGUUUACCAAGGAGGAUCACCAAGGUUUCAAUAGCGUAUGCCUGCAACAAGUCUAAAUCCAACCCUGGAUAUGUAGAUGGCGAAAAGAUGUGUACGUUUUGGGAAGAUGGUGCGGCUUUAAGGGGUAGUGGUAAGAAAGGCGCUAGUGUGGUUUGAGGGGGUUCUGAUGCGACUGGUGCUGGUGUGAUUUUAGGGAGUAGUGGUAAGAAGGUGUGCUGGGGGGAGAGAACAUGGGUCUAGUUAGGGGCGAAUGGGGGAGAGCGUUGUGGAGCAGGCAGUGCGAACUCUGGUGCGCAGACUAGAUUGAGGCAAGACCGUCAAAAGUUAUGAUUACCGUUCAUCUAUUACCUUAGAUUAGAUUUCAGGAUUUUAAAUUCGACUAUAGACUUCUGAUUAUAAUCAGUCGAGAAGAGAUUGGGGCACGAUGAUAGUUUACUUUGAUAUAGGCUUUAUUUUCAACAAGAAUCUGACAGCUUCGGUAAAAUGGUCAAUGAAGUCUGACAUUUUCCACCAUGUAUAAUUUAACUAAACCAUUUUCAUUAGCUAGCAUUCCGAUAAGAUUUAUAGCAUACAAGCUGCCACUGGAAGCCAGCAUUCCGAUAAAAUGUAUAGCAUACAAGCUACCACUGGAAGCUAGAAUUCCGAUAAGAUGUAUAGCAUACACGCUGCCACUGGAAGCUAGCCUUUAGAAAAAAGUGGGAUUCGAAGAGAAAGAGUUAAUUUGACAGGAGGAAAAGUGGAGGAUAAGGGGAUGAUGGAAUGAAACAAAAAGGAUCCCGUUAGAAUGUAUAGUAAAAUGGACAAAUGUUGGGCGACUCACAAAGUACUCAGUAUUUCCUUAUGGCUAUUCUUGAAGGAUAAAAUAGGUAUCAGCACUCACCAUUUCAUGCAAUUGUUUUUUUUCCAAAAGGUUAAAUUUAUUUAAUUAACGUUCAAAUAUUUAAAAAUUAGGAUUUUGUUCAAUACUCUUUAGGGUAAUUAAUUAUUUUCAAUAAUAUAUAGGGUAUUAAUAAGUAUUUAUUUUAUUCAACAAUAUAUAAAGUAAUAAUUAUUUAUUUACUCAUUUAAUAUUAUAUAUAUAUUAAUAUUAAUACAUAUAUUUUUAUACUAUUUUUUUCCUUCUUCCCACACCAGCCUCCGCCGUUGUCACAUGUCCUAAAUUAGAAUGUCCAAAGGUGGAUUGCCCUGGAGGAUUCGCCAUUGCCCUGGACACCGUCAGUAAAUGUUACUCCUGCAAAUGUAAGCCCUACUGCCCUAAACUCACUUGUCCGGCAACAGAAAACUGCCUCAACGGACGUGCGACAGACGCCAACAACUGCUCGACUUGCGCUUGCCGGCCAGAAUGUCAAAAGAUCAGGUGCAAAACCGAAUGCCCAGCCGGAUACCAGAACGACACCAAUGACUGCCCGACCUGCACGUGCAACCCUUACGAGUGUCCAGCCGUGAGCUGCUCCCGGGACUGCCCCGGGGGUUUCGAGAACGACCGCUGGAACUGUCCGACGUGUGAAUGCAGAUGUCAAGCACUCAAAUGCCCCAAUACCUGUAAGGUCAGCGUAACGAAAAAUGAGCUCGGAUGCCCAUUCUGCGAUUGCUCACUUUGUCUCGCUUGCCCUAAAUAUUGCCUAGAUCGAUCAAAAUGGGCGGUUAAAAUCAAGGAAUGCAACUGUGCUUGCGCCCCUUAAGUUCAGAGUUCAUGCCAGUACGCAGGAUUUUUUUUUUUCAAACUCGGAGAUUAAUGUCUAAUAAAAAAUUAAAGACUGGC